AUGGUUGGUCUUGGUGUAGUGCUGGAAGAAGUUGAAUCGACGAAAAACAACACUAUCAACAACAACAACAACAACAAUAACACUCUUCAAGUUAUUAACAAAACUACCAUGAUGCUUAGCACAACCAAAACCAACGACAAAACCUUAAAUCCUUUUAAGGUUUCAUCUUUUCUUCACCAAUGCUUCCUAUGUAACAAGAAACUCUUGCCUGAGAAAGAUAUCUACAUGUACAAAGGAGACAGAGCCUUUUGUAGUGUGGAUUGUAGGUGCAAGCACAUUUUAACAGACGAGGAAGAAGCUAUUGAGAAACAGAAAUGUUGUUUGGAUUAG